CCCAAUCAGUCCUCACAUGGAGAGAGAUACUCUCUACCCAGCACCUCAACUGAACAGAUCAAAACAGAACCUUAUGUAGAAGACUAUGGCGUAUCAGAACCAACCAGAGAGUCUCAGCCCUUCUCUGCAGUAGAUACAGAGUGUUCUGCAGCUCAGAGUGAAAACAGAGGACAUAUUGACUGGAUGGAGACUGGAGGACCUCUGUCAGGUCUAACGUUAAAGCCACUCAAAUCAAAGAGAACAAAGACGGUAGAAGGACAAAGUUCUCACAUCAGUGUUAAGGACAGGAAAUUGAACCAUCUAAAAUCACACUCAAGACCCAGUGUAAGCUGGGAUGCUGCUCCUAGUUGUAAGGUAUGUGGAAAGCAAUUUGACUCCAUGGUUUCUUUAUUAAAUCAUGUGCAAACGCACACACAGAAUAAAGAACAUCUUUGUGGUGUGUGUGGAAAAUUCUGUCAGUCCACAGAAAGAAUGAUAGAUCACCUACAAACUCACAUCGGAGCAAAGUGUUGUCAUGUUUGUGGUAAAUAUUUUGCUUGGGAUACUUUCCUGAAAAGGCAUUUGAGGAGUCAUACAGGGGAGAAGCCAUUUCGCUGUCAUGAUUGUGGCAAAGGAUUUACUCAGCGCGGACACCUAAACUUACAUAUGAGGAGCCACACAGGGGAGAAACCACAUCAAUGCCAGGAUUGUGGCAAAGGAUUCAGUCAGAGUGGAAACCUGGCUGUGCAUAUGAAGAGCCACUCUGGAGAGAAACCACAUCACUGCCCUGUUUGUGGCAAAUGUUUCAUAAGAAACCCUGAUCUGACAGUGCACAUGAGGACUCAUACAGGGGUGAAACCAUAUAAGUGCCAGUAUUGUGGCCAAGGAUUCAAGCAGAAUUAUAACCUGAAACUGCACAUGAAGAUCCACAUGGAAAAAAACAUAUCAUUGCCAUCUUUGUGACAUGUAUUUCAUCACUAGCACCCAGUCAACCUGGCAUGAGAUUUCACAUGGUAGAGAAAGGCAUCACUGCCAUGACUGACAGAGGCUUUGCAUAGACUGGAAGUUUGGCAAGGCAUAAUGACGAUACACAAAAUACUUUAGUGUAGAAAACACUGACAGUAGACCUUGUUUGUGAUACAUGUUUCACUAAGCAGCUUUAUUGAGGAAAGUUUUUACUCGCAGUGACUGUUGAUAUGUGGUUGUUUUACCUGUUUUGAAUGCACUGACUGUAAGUCGCUCUGGGUAAGAGUGUCAACUAAAUGACCAAAAUGUAAAUGCAAGAACAGUACUUCAACAGUCCAAUUGACACAGGAGAAAAACUAUAUAAUUGUGUUAUUAAAAAAACAUACAUAAGGCAAUGAUUGCUGCUAAAUGCUUCAAAUGGAUGAAUUCCCCUAGAAGGUACGAGAGCAUUCACAAGAGGGAGAAAACAUAAUGACAACCUGAUGAAAAACCUCCUGACAACAUGGCAGUCGUCGUCCCCUGUGUUGGGAGAGUUAACAUGUAAUUCCUUGAAUGUUUUAUUCCUAUGAAAUACAUCACUCCUGUCCUCUUCCUUUAAUUAAUUGCAGACAUGAGAAUGUUGGAUUGGUGAUAGCAGUAGGGUGUAUUAUAUUUUUUGCAUACUUUAGUGAUCUAGGGAGGCAACGAUUGAUCUAAACUUCAGAUUUGCACCAGUAAUGCUGUAGCAGCGCCACCAGCUCUGCAGUCUACUACAUGUAGGUCUAUGUGCUGGGCUAGAAUAAAAAUGUACACACAAUGGAGGACCUCCAAGAAUAGAUUGGGAAAUACCUAUUCAAUCUGAUCAAUGAUUAGUAGGAAAAAUUACGAGAGAUUAAUUCAUUUUGCCCAGUAAUCGGUGUCCUCUUCUCAAAAGCAGAACAGACUGUUGCAAACUGCAGGAGCGCCAGGACCUGCGUCCUCCGCUCCAGCAGGGGGCGACAGUGCAAAAUGUAUCAUGCCGUGCACGCACAAAGACUAUAUAAUGACGAGAUGCUCAUGUCUCCGCCCUAACAAUUGGGUCAAAAAUAAACUUAGGUCAAAAAUAAGCACAUAGAAACGCAUUGAGCUUGUUUAGGACAGAUUUAGGCGAGAGUAAAACAUCUUGCUUCGCCUCAGUGCUCUUGAUAUUUUCGACUUUGUUUACGUUGGUAGCUAUCUAGCAAAAUGUCCUUCUCUAAAAAUGUCUAAAAUAGAGUUAUUGAGAAUGUUUCUAAACCAGAGAUUGAUAGCGGCAGCUGAGGAGAUAUUUGGUGUCGUUGAAGAAACGAUAGCAGAGUACCAGGAAGAGGUUUCUCGCACAAAGGAGGAGAACAGCCGUCUACGAAUAAUGCUGGAAAUCCGUACUAAGCCAGAGAUCAAGUUACAUAGACGA